GAUGGACUCUGUGUGUCGCCCAGCAUCAGAUAAUCCUGGAGCACUACUGUGUGCCAGGCUGUGAGGUGAACCUGCAGACACGCAUCUCCGUGCCCUUAGAGGGUUACUGUCCAGUGGGGAGAGGGCCAGGGGACAGAAAGGGAUGUAAUUCAGACUCCCUAGAAGGGAGAAUUGGUUAGACCAUUGAUGGGGAGCUCCUUGGGACAAGCCUCUGUGCUAGCCUCCUGUCAGUGACCAGGCCUGCCACUGUCAGGGCAGUCAGAGGGCGUGUGCAGGGCAAUGCUGACCUUUGGAAAGUCAGGGGCAGACAGAGGGACUGGACCCUUGCAGGGGUGUCCUGGGAGGGCAGUAUGGUGGGAAAAGCCAGACCUCUGACCCUGCUCUUCACCACCCAUCCCUAGCGCCAUCUCUUUUAUCCUGGGCACAUGGCUGAAGGAAUACUCGGAGGAUUUCAAUCAGCCCCCGGACUUCCCCUGCCUAAAGCUCGUGGUGGAGUAUGUGCACGUGAACAUGCCAGGCUCACAUCUGGAGCAUGAUACCCAACUUCUCUUGGCACAGCUGGAUCAAAUGGAGGUCACUGAGGCAGAGCCAGAGGCUCUAGAGCCGGGGCCAGCGCCAACUGCAAAAGGAGCUCAAGAGCUAACUUUGCCCCAAGAACUGGCUCCUGGACUAUCUCCUGGGGUACAUUCUGCUCCUGUAGCAGCACCAGAGCUCCAUGGCACACCACCUAUCAUGUCAUCAGCUCCAGCACUGGCACCAGAUAGAGAGCUGGCUGAACGGGUGGAUCCCUCUCCUGGGCCAACUCCAGAACUGGCUCCCAAACCACUGGCUGAUGUCAAUCCUGCUCCUGUUCCUGUUCCAACACUGGAGUCUGAAGGAGCCCAGGUCUUCCCCCAGCUCCACCACCAGCAUCAGAUGGAGAUUCAGAUGAAGAGGUGGAUUCCCAUCCGGAGCCACCUCCAGAACGGGAUCCUGGACCGCCAGCUGACAUCGAUCCUGCUCCUGCUCCAAGACAGGAGGUCAACAGAGCACCAGCUAUUCCGUCACGAGCUUCAGCUCUGGCAGCAGAUGGGUAACCCGCUGGAGGUUCACAUUCUUAAGCGGGGCCACCGCCUUAGCCGGAUCCUGGACCGCCUGGUGAUGUCCAUCCUGAUCCUGUACCGACACCGAAGCUCAAUAGAGCACCACCCAUCCCAUCAACAGAUGGAGAGCCCUCAAGAGAGCUGGGUUUUUACCCUGGGCAACUUCCAGAACAGACUCAAGGACCACUUCCUGAGUCAGAUCCUGCUCUUGCAGCAACAUUGGAGCUGGGUACAACAACAGGUCCAACAUCACCAAGUUGAGCACUGCCACCUGACAGACAGCCUGCUGAAAGACUGGAUUCUCUCCCUGGGCCAAGACCAUAAUGAGCUCCUGGACCGCGUGCUGAGGUCCAUCACAAGCCUGGACUAACACUGGAGCUCCAAAGAUCACCAUCACCAACUCCAAAACUGGUA